AGCAGGACCGAGUCAUUGACAGAGGAUGGCGUCAGAGCAGAAUCUGGAAACACUGGAUGAGAGUCAAAACAGCAGAGGUGGGACCAAGUCUUUGUUUUGCAAGUCACAAUACACUAUACUCCAGUCCAGAUGAGAGAUGCCCUGACUGAAGUCAAUGUUGAUAUGAAAGCUGAAACAGGUGCAAGUGUUAAUGCUCCUGUACUGACUGCAAACACCUUCACAGGACCAGUAACCAUUUAUGCCCCAAAUGCUGCAGGAAAUGAUCAACAGAAAUCCUCAAAGACAGAGGUAAAUCAACAAGAGGUAUUGAAGCUGCACAAAUUCUUGGAAACUCACAAAUCCUACAUGAGGAAGAAAACAGAACAUAUUUUUGAGGGCAGCAAAGAAGAUGAAACAGAUCUCAAGGCUGUUUACACAGAACUGUUCAUCACAGAGGGAGAUAUGAAAGAUGUCAAUCAGGAACAUGAGAGUCUGAAGAUUGAUGAUGUUUUCAAGAACAAAAAAACACAGGACAAACCAAUCAAAUGCAACAAUAUAUUUACUGAACUGCGGAAAAACAAUGAGAAAAAGAUUGUGCUGACUAAAGGCAUCGCUGGCAUUGGAAAAACUGUCUCUGUGCACAAGUUCAUCCUGGACUGGGCAGAAGGAGAAGCCAAUCAGGAUAUACACUGUGUGUUCCUGCUUCCAUUCAGAGAGAUGAACUUAAUGACAGAUGAAGAUUUCAGUCUUCACGAACUUCUGCUGGAAUUUUAUCCUGAACUGAAGGACCUGCAGAAAUCAAAGUUAUAUGAGGAAUGUAAGCUUGUGUUUAUAUUUGAUGGACUUGAUGAGAGUCGUCUGCCUCUGAAUUUUAAAGGCAGGUCUCUAAACACUAUUGAGAAAAAAGCGUCUGUAGAUGUGCUGUUCACAAGUCUGGUCAAAGGGGAUCUGCUUCCAUCAGCUCUUGUCUGGGUGACAUCACGACCAGCAGCAGCCAAUCAGAUUCCUCCUCGCUAUGUGGGUUUGUUCACAGAGGUGCAAGGAUUCACUGACCAACAGAAGGAGCAGUACUUCAGAAAGAGAAUCAAAGAUGAGAAUCUGGCCUCCAAAAUCAUCUCACACAUUAAGAUGUCUCGUAGUCUCUACAUCAUGUGCCACAUUCCUGUGUUCUGCUGGAUCACGGCCACAGUACUUCAGGAUAUUCUCAUUGAGAACAAUGCAGAAAACAUUAGCACAACACUGACCGAAAUGUACAUUCACUUCCUGCUGAUACAGAUGAAUAUGAAGAGCCAGAAAUAUGAUGAAAAAGAAGAAAGAGACUGUACAGAACACUUGCAAUUAAAUAGAGAGAUGAUUUUGAAGUUAGCCAAACUAGCAUUUGAACAGCUAAGGAAGGAAAAAAAUUUGUUUUAUAAGGAAGAUCUAAAAUCAUGUGGUAUUGAUGUGAGUAAAGACACUGAGUUCACAGGAAUGAUCGCUGAGAUCUUUAAGAUGGAAAAUGGACUUCAUGAGACAAAAGUCUACUACUUUGUGCAUAUGAGUGUUCAAGAGUUUCUCGCUGCAGUGCAUGUUUUCAUCUGCUACCUGAACAAGAACAUGCAGGAGCUUCAGUUUUUCUUUGACAAGCCAGAAGAAAAUAUCACAUUGCAGAAGCUACUGCAGAAGGCUGUUGAUAAAGCCAUGAAGAGUCAGAGAGGACAUCUGGACCUGUUCCUGCGAUUUCUGAUGGGCAUUUCACUGAAUACCAGUCAAAACCUGCUCACAGGCCUGAUCACACACACUGAAGAUACCAGUGUGAGCAUCAGAAAAAUAAGUACACACGUUAAACAAUUACAGAAACAGGACAUCUCAGACGAAACUUCAGUCAGUCUAUUCUACUGCUUACUUGAGCUCAAAGAUCAUUCAUUAUAUGAGGAAAUACAGGGUUACCUCAGCUCAGAUGAACAUCCAGGAAGAAAACUCUCAUCUUCAAUGUGCACAGUGCUGACAUAUGUACUGCUCAUGUCAGAGAAGGUGUUGGAUGAGUUCAACCCAAAGAGGUUCACGUCAUCUUUCAACUACAAGAGACUCAUCCCAGCUGUGAGAUGCUGCAGAAAAGCCCUAUUUGACAGGUGUGGUUUUGAUGAAACAUGCUGUGAAACUGUGUCUUCUGCUCUACAACAAUCAAACUCCCAUCUGACAGAGCUGGACCUGACUAGCAAUCGCCUGACAGAUUCAGGAGUGAAGCUGAUUUAUGAUGGACUGAAGAGUUCACACUGUCGACUGAAUAUACUGAGGCUGUGUGGGUGUCGUCUCACUGCUCAGUCCUGUGUAAGUUUGUCUUCAGCUCUACACUCAUCAAACUCUGUCCUGAGAGAACUGGAUCUGAGUAACAAUGACCUGCAGGAUCAUGGAGUGAAGCGUCUUUCUGAUGGACUGAAGAGUCCAAACUCUAAGCUGGAGAUAUUGAGGUUUUCCAUGUGUAAUCUCACUGCUCAGUCUUGUGGGAGUUUGUCAUCAGUUUUGAAAUCCUCAAACUCUGUACUGAAAGAACUGGAUCUGAGUAACAAUGACCUGCAGGAUUCUGGAGUGAAACUUCUUUCUGAAGGACUGAAGAGUCCAAACUGUCAGCUGGAGAUACUGAGGUAACUGGUUUUCCAUAAAAUAAUUAACAAAAUGCCACCACAAUA